AGCUGUAGGGGUGGGUGGUGGGGGCCUGUCGGGGACACGCUGCGGCGCAACUGCGGGCAGCCAUUGCUUUCGCAUCCUCGCUCUCGGCGUCCUUUUCCUCCUCCGGGUUCCAGUAGGAAAGCGGCGAGGCGCUAUGCGGGAGCGGAGCUAGGCCGACUGACUGCUCCGGCUUCCCCUUUGCACUGCAGACGCGGCGUAGAGCCCAGAUGGAGUACCUGAAGGAGCCAGCCACCAGCACCCAGGGCCACAUUUUAUGUUGCCAGUGUGGUGUCCCUAUCUCUCCAAAUCCUGCAAAUAUGUGUGUUGCCUGCUUGCGGAUCCAAGUUGAUAUCACAGAAGGAAUCCCAAAACAAGUAAAUGUUCAUUUUUGCAAGCAAUGUGAGAGAUAUCUUCAACCUCCUGGAACCUGGAUACAAUGUGCACUGGAAUCAAGAGAACUUUUAACUUUGUGCCUUAAAAAAAUGAAGGCCCCUUUGAGCAAGGUGCGACUUAUAGAUGCAGGCUUCAUUUGGACAGAGCCUCAUUCAAAGAGGUUAAAAGUCAAGCUUACCAUUCAAAAGGAGGUAAUGAGUGGAACAAUAUUGCAGCAAGUAUUUGUGGUAGAUUUUGUCAUUCUACCACAGAUGUGUGAUGAUUGCCACCGUGUUGAAGCUAAAGACUACUGGAAAGCAGUAGUGCAAGUUCGCCAGAAGACUGCACACAAGAAAACUUUUUAUUACUUGGAACAAUUAAUCCUAAAGCAUAAGCUACAUCAAAAUACACUGCGUAUCAAAGAAAUGCACGAUGGUCUGGAUUUUUAUUAUGGUUCCAAGCAACAUGCCCAGAAGAUGGUGGACUUCCUACAGUGUACAGUUCCUUGCAGGUAUAAGGCAUCUCAGCGCCUUAUCUCCCAUGAUGUCCACAGUAAUAGCUACAAUUACAAGAGUACCUUCUCUGUGGAAAUUGUUCCAGUCUGCAAGGACAAUCUGGUAUGCUUGCCACCACGUGUAGCCCAGAGCCUUGGAAACAUGAGUCAGAUAUGUGUUUGUGUUCGAGUGACUAGUGCUGUGCACCUCAUCGAUCCUACCAGCUUGCAGAUUGCAGAAAUUGAUGGUUCCACUUAUUGGCGCUACCCUUUUUACAGUCUGUGUCAGCCUGGGCAGCUGGAGGAAUUUAUUGUAAUAGAUAUUGAAGUAAUUGGAGACAACAAAAAUGUGCCUGGUUCAGGCACAAAAUCCACCAGGCAUACAUUGGCUGAGGCCUGGGUACAAAAAACAUCUGAAAUGAACACCAAUCAACAGUACUAUUGUCGUACUCAUUUGGGGCAUUUACUUAAUCAUGGUGACCUGGUGUUGGGGUUUGAUUUGGUUAAUUCAAAUCUCAAUGAUGAACACGUGAAUAAAAUGAAUCCUCAACGAGUUCCUGAUGUGAUUUUAAUUAAGAAGAGCUAUGAUCGAGCCAGACGGCAACAUCAUCGGAACUGGAAACUUAAAGAACUGGAUAAAGAUCGUGACGAGAUGGGAACAGAUGAUGAAAAACAAUACUUAGAAUUUCUCGAAGACCUUGAAGAUGAUGCUAUCAUCAGAAAAAAUGUCAAUAUUUAUCGGGAUUCCUCAAAAGUUCCAGUUGAAAGUGACACUGAUGAUGGUGGUGCUCCCCGGAUCAGUCUAGCAGAGAUGUUAGAGGACCUUCAUAUUUCUGUUGAUGCUACAGGUGGUGAGGGUGCAGCAAUGAUGGACUAAAAAAAAACUUGAAAUUAAACUAUUGAAUUCAUUGUGGUGGUACAUGAGACAAUGUUCAAUCUAGCCUGCCGUGAAAGAGGUAAUCACUACGUAAAUAUUUCCAUUUUACUGAGUCUAGCCAGCACAGAGUUUCCUAUUUUCAAGCUAGUUUUCAGCAAAUAUUCUGCAAGUUAAGGAACUUGAUAAGAUUGGAGGUAUGAAGUUUUUCUAUGUAUCUGUGGAGCUUUGUGUCUGCUGGCAUUUCAAGACAAUUUUAGAAUUCUGAUUACUGAUCGUUAUCACUUAAGAUAAGACUUAAGCUUGGUUUUCUUAGGAAAUGUUUUGUUUGAAUUUGAGAUCCAGGUAUGAUAGCUAAAAAUAUUUAUUGUUAACUAUGCAAUAUUGAAAUAAUACAAAUAGGUGGAAUAUAUCUAUUCUGUAAUGACAUUAUAUUCUCAAAUAAACGUU